GCUGGGCGGAGCUCCAAGAGACAGCUGUUCCUGCUGCCAGGUGGGAUCGAAAGGCACCUGAAAAUCAAGACGUGCUCUGUUGCUUUGGACGUCAUCGAGGAGCUUUGCUAUGAGAUGGGACUACACAGGGUGGAGGCUUUGGACGAAUAUGCCAUCUUUUUGGUCACACACAAAGGUCAGAAUGUGCGUCCCCUGAACAAGCGUGAGUACAUCCUGGAUAUUGCUACAGAGGCAGAGCCAGUGGACACCAACUACAGUCUGUGGUUCAGGAGAGUCAUAUGGAGCCUGGCACUCAAACUUGACAACGAACUCUAUGUGACCAUGCACUAUAACCAGGUGUUGCCAGACUACCUGAAGGCCUUGCUGAGUGUCGUCCCUCAGGGUAAGGCGAGUGAUCAGCAUCUGCAGCAGAUUGCCAGACUGGCCGCCCUACAGCACCGUGCCAAGGACACCAUCUACCUGCCCACCAU